UUUCUUUCGCACGUUUUUCCCCUUCUCCCCCAAAAAACUGCUGACACUUCCCCUCGUCCCUCUCUCUCUGUCGCUGGUACUCUCUUUCUUUCAUUUUCUCUCUCUAGAUUUCUUGAUCGUCGUCCGCUGUCCUCUGCUUUAUCACCGCAAGGCCACAGACACUUCUUCCCCAAAAGAGAACAGCCGAAAACCCCAUAAUUUGGCGGCUUUCUAGCCGUUAAAAUUCUGUUAUUCAUAUAAUUCAUAUUCAUAUACAUAUAUACAUAUAUAUCAGUAUAUAAUGGGGAAGAGAAAGAGAAGAACUGACCAGAACAAGACACCACCUCCUUCGGAAGUCAUGCCGUACUCGUCUAGAAUGGAUUCUCAUUCAAAAUUGAAAUCUUCUCAUUCAGUCGACAGUGGUGCAAUAAAGCCCCUCUCAUCUCUUAUGGAUCUCAUGGACAAUUCUGUGAAGCUAUCGAAUGCCCACCAUUCACCUGCACAUCACCAUCAAAAUCUUGGCCGUGCAGUAUUAUUGAGACAUCCGCAUCAUUACUAUGGUCGUCAGUACUAUCGAAGAAAGUCAGCCAACAAUGCUCAUACAUCAAAUUCUCGUAGAAAGGGUACUCCUUUACGUGAUGAGAAAGUCUCAUUCAGCAACUCAGAGCCCGAACAUCAUAAAGAGAGUAGGGAGAAAGCAAAUUCCAAACCAGAAAGAAUUAGAUCUGGUUCCUUGGCAAUGGAUGCAGCAUCACCUGGUGUGGUGAAAAUGGUAUGCGGGUUAUGUCAGAAGUUGUUGAGGAGGAAGCCUUAUAUUCUUGAAAGUGCACUAACUUCUAGCAAUCUAUCCGUCGUGGCAGUUUUAGUUUGCGGCCAUGCUUAUCAUGCUGACUGUUUGGAGCAGAGAACAUCCCAUGAAGAUAGACGGGAUCCACCUUGUCCGUUGUGUGUUGGUGGCAUGCUCUCGCAGGUUCAUGCCUGAAGAGGACAGGGAUGAUUGUACAGAUGUUUACUUAGUACCUUGGUCUACAAUAAUUUUGCAAGGGCAGGUUAUAAUAUAGAUGAAGUUUAGGCGGUUUAUAUAUUGCAGCCAAACUGUUUUACAGGAUAAGGUUUUGAAGUAUUUCCUGUUUUUGUUAAAUAUUUUGCGUUCACUUACUUUUUUGAUUUUGCAAUAUUUAACUUGCUAUCUCUUUACAUAAAAAUGACAUGGACCAAUACAGUUAUUGAAUUCAUAUCCUCUGUUUGGAUAUGAAACCCCCAAAUAUAUGGAAAUUAUGAUGUGGUGUUAAAAUCUAAA